AUGUGCCAGACUUUGAUUUCUUCAAAACCUCAUCAGGAUCUACUGUCUCUUGCCCCCGGGAAGCUGGUCUCAAAAGCCUGUCCCAUGUGUCAGACUUUGAUUACAAAAUACGCUUUGUCUGAAGACAUGAGUCAGGCUGUUUUCUGGGUGGUUCGAAAUCUGGGAAGUUGUGAAUGGCUCGCAGACCGUCCUUGGCUUGACCAGUGUCGUCUCACUGGAGCAUGGUUUUCGCAUAAUGAAAAAUACUGGUAUCGGUCGCAGAACUUGCGGAAGAUGACUCAAGGUGUUCACGGUCAGUGGAAAAGAGAUUACUGCCUGGAACAGAGAAGAAGGUUGCUUCAACACCAGCGCGAAGCCUCGCGAACUGCGGAUGAAGGAAUCCAGAUCACUAGUACCAUCCCGGCGCUGCUUCUUGCAGCGCCGUACUGUUGA